UGCCCUUAGUCAGUCAGAGUGUACAAGUCGCCGAGCUGCCUUCUCCUCCCAGCUCUGUCUCUCUUCACACUGACCUGCUGCUCAAUGGAACAGAAAACAAAACUCAUGUUCAAAGUUUCGUUUCUCCCCCAUCCUCUUCCCUCUUCAUAGUCCCCAUAGUGUGCCUACAUAACUGUGGAUGUGUUGCUCCAAAGGGUAUUGCUGCUAAUCAUGAAUUCUCUACCAGCAUACUCCGGUGCUAGAAUAUCAGGUUGUUGGACACUAACAUCUGAUGGCAGUGGAAGUGGUGAGGGGUCACUGGACAGACUGCUCCCCUCCGUGAGCACUGGUCUGUCCCCGAGAAAGAGGACCACGAGCCAGUGUAAGUCAGAGCCCCCCCUGCUGCGAACCUCGAAAAGAACCAUCUACACAGCAGGACGCCCGCCUUGGUACAACGAGCAUGGUACACAGUCCAAAGAGGCCUUUGUCAUUGGUUUGUGUGGUGGGAGCGCUUCAGGAAAAACCACAGUUGCCAGGAAAAUCAUUGAAGCGCUUGAUGUUCCAUGGGUUGUAUUACUUUCAAUGGAUUCAUUUUACAAGGUCUUGUCAAAGGAAGAGCAGAUCCUUGCGGCCAGCAACGAUUACAAUUUUGACCAUCCUGAUGCCUUUGACUUCACUCUGCUAACACACACACUACGCAAACUCAAGAAGGGAAAGAGUGUCAAGAUCCCUGUGUAUGACUUUACUACACACGGGAGACAAAAGGACUGGAAAACAGUAUAUGGAGCCAGUGUUAUCAUCUUCGAGGGAAUCAUGGCCUUUACAGAUAAAGAGCUUUUGCAGCUUUUGGACAUGAAGAUCUUUGUGGACACUGACUCAGACAUAAGGCUGGUACGGCGUCUCAGAAGGGACAUCACAGAAAGAGGCAGAGACAUCGAAGGAGUUAUUAAACAGUACAACAAGUUUGUGAAGCCGGCCUUUGAGCAGUACAUUGAACCGACCAUGAGGCUAGCCGACAUUGUGGUCCCACGAGGUGGUGGCAAUAUGGUUGCUAUUGAUUUAAUCGUGCAGCAUGUUCACAGUCAGCUUGAAGAGAGGAAACUUCGCUGGGAUAUGGCAGCUCUGGCCUCUGCGCACCAGGCCCAGCCCCUCCCCCAGACCCUCAGUGUGCUGGAUAGUACGCCACAAGUGAGGGGCAUGCACACCAUCAUCAGGAACAAAGAAACCAGUCGUGAUGAGUUUAUCUUCUACUCCAAGAGGCUGAUGCGGCUGCUAAUUGAACGAGCACUGUCCUUCCUCCCAUCACAGGUCCAUACAGUCCAGACACCGCAGGGAGAGGAUUAUGAAGGCCGCUCGUUCAAUGGGAAAAGGAUCACAGGUGUGUCGAUUCUGCGGGCCGGGGAGACCAUGGAGCCUGCUCUGAGGGCUGUUUGUAAAGAUGUGCGCAUCGGCAAGAUCCUCAUCCAGACCAACCAGGACACAGGAGAGCCAGAGCUUCACUACCUGCGCCUCCCCAAAGACAUCAGUGAGGACCAUGUGAUCCUGAUGGACUGCACUGUGUCGACUGGGGCCGCUGCCAUGAUGGCUGUACGAGUGCUACUGGACCAUGAUGUUCAGGAGGAUAAGAUCCUGCUUGUGUCUCUGCUGAUGGCGGAGAUGGGAGUGCACUCAGUGGCCUACGCCUUUCCACAGGUCAAGAUCAUCACAACAGCUGUGGACAAGAAAGUCAACGAUCUAUUCCAUAUUAUACCAGGCAUAGGAAACUUUGGGGACCGUUACUUCGGGACAGAUGCACCCCCAGACUGGAGUGACGAGGACAUGGACGAGCCUAGUUAUUGAACAAAGAAACCUUUUUUUAACCAAACUUGACAAAAUACAUUAUACAAAUACAAGACAGAAAAAAGACAUUUUAUUAGAUACAAGGUUUGCUGUGAUUGUAAAACCACGUUAUGUAUAUUGAAUGUUAACUGAAAUUAUAAUAUAUUGUAUUUUACAGGAUUUAUGUUGACUUGAAAAAAAAACAACAUUUUAUCUGAUUAUUUAUAUGUACAGUUUGCUUUUGCGUGUUUUGUUUUUUAAACAGUGACAAUCAUUUAAACUUUGCUAGUUUAUUUUAAAGACCUACCUUGCCUUAAGCCAUGUACUGUGACAGCACUGAAUGUACAUUUGAUUGCACCACAAGUAAAAGAGUUUAUUUUGUACAUUUUUGCACCUGUCUCAACUUUCACUAAAUGGCUGUUGCUUCUAUUGCCACAAGCAUUUUCUCAUGGACCAAUCAAUCGGAAAAUGCGUGGGUGUUUUUGCCUUUUUUUAGCUGCCUCUUCCUUCUGUGGAUGCUGACCUGACUGCAGCUAUGUUUCAUUAUACAGCUUAAGUAUGCACUCAGUUAUGCAGCGACUAAAACAUUUACAUAUUUUCACAAUAGAUAGACCUGAACACAUGACCGGUCCACUGUCGCAUUUGCUGCUGGGAAAAUGGGUCAGCUACAUUUAACAAACACUGAACAAAUUAUUUUCUUGCGGACUUGACAUGGUGAUAUAUAAAUCUAACUUUAGCUUAGUCUGUUCUGUCUGCUCAUAAGGUUUGCACUGUAACCAUUUCUAUUAUUUGCUGUGGUUGCACUCCACUGUUCUCAUGCAGAUUAUCUUGAAAUGUGUAAUUUACCGUAAGAUUAUAUCAUAUUUUGUGCUUGUUGCUUUUUGGCACCAGUAGAAGCAUUGCUCAAGAUCUGUACCGUAGUAUCGUGUUACCUAAAAUAUUUGUUUGAGCAAAGUAUAUUUUUCCACCAAAGUUUGAGUAAAUCUGUCAGCAUGCUCUACAAAAAGUUAAAAGUGUCCUUAAGUUGACUGAGUAAAGGUUUGUAUAGUCUGACUCCAUCAUUUUCAGAUUUUGACAACAGUUGAAUGUUUACUGCUGCUGUUGCGUGUACAGAUAGGAUUUCUAAAAGGAAAAUAAAAGUGCAAUAUUUGGAUUUUAA